GGCGCGCCCUCGGCGGCGCCGGGAAGCCCCGCCCCGGGCUCCAACGGGGUCGCGCGCCGGCUCUCGCGAGGCUUUCGAGCGCGGAGCGCUGCGGCUGGGAGAGGCGCCAUUUUGGAGCGAGGCGAGCGGGGUGUGUGCGUGCGCGCGCGCUUGGGGGAUGUGCGCGUGCGGCGCUCUCGAGGCCCCGGCCCCGCGGCUCCCGGGGGGCGCGGGGAAGCUCCUCCGCCGGGCCCGAGGCACAGCCCCGCCCUCUUUCCCCGCCCCUCCGGAGCGCCGGAGCCGUGGCGAGGAGGCACGGAGGGGCCGGGUAGAUAGCGGCGUGCGAGCCACCGGACGCCCUUUUCCUUCCCACGGCGCACGGCUCGGCCCGCCCUCGGGGAGAGCAGCGGGAGCCGCCCCCGGGCCCUCGGCGGGGCGGUGACUGUUGCCGCGCGGGGCGGCGCGGGCCCCGCGAGGGCAGGGCGAACACCCGGUACCCGCCGGCUGGGCUUCCCCCGGGGCAUCCCUGCGCGGCUCCUGCAGCUCUCCCGCGCUUCAUCGGUGCUUCGCGCCGUCCCCCCCGGCCCGGGCGGUUUGGAUCACACAGAGUCCGGGAUGUUUGCUUCAUCUGUCAGGGAGGAAUAAAAAAGUGGAAACCAACCUGGAGCAGUUGCUUCCUGUAAAAGCGGAGAAAUACUGGACACAGUUCUGGGAUUAUUUGUCCAAGUGCUUCGUCCUGAAAAGGCUUCAGAAACAAUCAGAAGUCAUCUGAGAAGUUAAUUGGAAGUUUGAAGUCGUGAACAUUUUUUUUUCUUUAGCAGAGUCGAGCAGCUCACCCUUGAAUGCCUUUGUCCACAUGGCACGAAUAUGCGGCCAAAUUUAUCUAGUUUUGAUUACUUCAUCUGCCAAAAUACAGUGCUUUUUUGCUUUUAGAUACUUUUUUGUCUGAGUCACAGGCAUAACCAAUUGUUAACUGUCUCCAGGAUAAAUGCAGCCUGAGUCACUGUAUAGACAUUCCUGAAAAGUUUCAUGGCAGAUAUUUUCCCCUUUACCUUAUUUUUUAGAUUUUCUGACAUAGCAUUCUGUCUCUUUGCAGUGAUACCUGUUUUCUAAAUGAAGAAUCUAAUAGACAUUUGUUUAUCUUUUUUAUAUUUUAUUUAAUAUUUUGUUUGGAAAAUAUUAUUACCAAUAAGCAAUAUGGAGGUAUCCAGAUAGCUGUGGUUUACAAAUGUUUCUGGUACUCAAAGAUAGGAAAUGUUCCACAGUUCAGAUGUGAAACCUCGAUUUUCAGCUUUACAAUUGGUGGUGUAAAAAGCAUAUUUAAUUCACCUGGAGCCCAUGGUUCUUGUAGUGAUAUGUACGUGGAGUAGACAAGAGAAGACGCUAUCAAAAAGAAAAAGAAUUUAAGACAGAGAGUUGACAGGUUUUGGAAAUAGCCUUGAAGAAUCUCUAAGCAAAGAAGGAUGGGUAGUUGAUUUCUCUAUGUCAAACAGCUACGAAUGUAGUAUGAACAAGGACACGGGAUAUUAUCUCAAGGAAAACAAACUGGAAAAAUAUAAAUCAGGCAGUGCUGACACCUUGUGCAGCCUUCUUGGAUUGGGUUUCCAUUCCACUGAAUUGCUAUGCUUCAAAGAAAAUUAAGAUGGACAGAACAACUUAAUUCAAAAGUCAGCGGACUUUACAGUUCUGCCAAUUGUGAGAUGCCCCAUCCAGCACAGACCACCUACAACUACUGACUUUCCAUCUAAUGAACAAAACAGACAUAAUUUUUUAAAAAGGGGCUUGUUAUGAGAUGCUAAAGCCUUGUUUCUUUGAUUAGAGAGUCUGGACCUAAAUGGCGCAGCAUGACUUUGCUCCAGCCUGGCUUAAUUUUCCUACUCCACCAUCAUCAAAGUCAUCACUGAACUUGGAGAAACAUUCUGAAACUUUCUCGUGGACAGAGAAUCAUUAUGAAGCAAGUCGCAGAAGACACGACUCUUCAGAUGGACUUGAUCCUAACUUUGGACAGGCAAAUGGAGGGCAUUUUGGGAGAAAAGAGAAGAAUAGUUGGCGUUCACAAGGCAGAAGUGUUACAGAAAACAUAAACCAUCGUGAAGGACAUCAUGGCAGAGGUUCCCGUGCUCGUUCCAGCCCUUUCCAUUGUGGAAAAGGCCAGGGACUACAUGAAAGCAAUGCACCUGAUUAUGAAACUGGGAAAAAGGAAGUCAAAGAAGUCUCCAAACAGUUUGAGGCUGAGGAUUUUCCUUCCUUGAACCCUGAUUAUGAGAGGGAACUGAACCAGAGUAAAUCUUUAGCUGCAAGUGUGUGGGAGUACCCUUUGAAUCCUAAAUCUAGAUCUCCAAGAAUGCUGGUCAUUAAAAAGGGCAGUACAAAAGAACUGCAGAUAUCUGGAUUCCCAGUAGGAGGAAAUCUUCAUUCAAAAUCUGUAAUGAAUGGAACUGAUACUAGUGUUUAUAAAGGAUUAAUCCCUAAACCUGUCACUCCAACCUCAAAGCCCACACAGUGGAAAAACCAAGCAACAGAAAAUAAACUUGGGAAUCCAUUUCCUCGUGAAUCUGCUUAUGGUGUUGGCAAUUUCAGUCCUUUCAAAUCAACUGCUAAGGCGUUUACUGUCUUGCAAAAUUCAGUAAAAGAGUAUAAUCGGUCAAAUUCAUCAUCCCUGGUUGACAAAGUGGGUCAGCCUCGUUUAACAAAAUUGUCAAGAAUAAGGACUGAUAAGAAGAGUGAAUUUUUGAAAACAUUGAAACGAGAUAGAGUGGAAGAGGAACACGAAGAUGAGAAUCAUGCUGGGCAAGAGAAGGAUGAUAAGUCCUUUAACUUGUGUAACAGCAACAGCCCUCAUCAUGAGAGAGAUAUAAACAGAAACUUUGAGAGUGAAGUUCUGCAAGAGAAUGGCAAUGCUUCAAUUACAUCUCAACAGAUCAUUCAGUCUUCAGCUUUUCCUCAGGCAGAUGUUCUUUCAAGCUCACUUGAGGCAGAGCAUAGAUUGCUAAAGGAGAUGGGCUGGCAAGAAGACAGUGAAAAUGAUGAAACAUGUGCUCCACUAACAGAGGAUGAGAUGAGGGAAUUCCGAGUCAUUAGUGAGCAGUUACAAAAAAAUGGCCUUCGGAAAAAUGGCAUUCUGAAAAAUAGCCUUGUCUGUAAUUUUAAAUUUAGCCCCUGGAAAAACAGCACUUUCAAACCUGCUCUUGAGAAUGAGGAUUCAGAGACGAGCAGCAGUGACACAUCAGAUGAUGAUGUCUGAAGACUUCUAUAGCAUCUGUAGAAGCCUGCUUCAUAAUCUCAUGAGAAUUUGGGGAUGUGUUGUCCAAAACAAAUUUCUAAUUUAUGUAGUAACAUACCCAUUAGAAGAGAAAUGAUGGGACUUUCCUUUGAAGAAAGCAAAGAAUGGUGUGGUGAACUUUACUAUGAUUUCUUUGUCAACAAAUAUUGUAGAACUAGCACUUGAGUUGACCCAGUGUUGAAGUUCUUUGCCACUGAAGUGUUUCUAACUAGCAAUGUGACAAUAUAACAAAUCAGACUUUCUCAGUUAAUAAUAAAAGCAAAGAACUGUUCAA